AUGAAUGUAUUUCUGUUGCCCCCGAGACCGAUUGUGGAGGUUCAGGGAGAGGUGUUGGUGGAGAACAGCCUCGCUAGAUUAAUUUGCACAGUUCCCCGGAGUAAACCUCCGGCUCAAAUCCGAUGGUUCCGUGGAAAGAAAGAAAUUGCAGGAGUGAGCAGUCGACACCAGACAGGGAAAAUCUUUGCAAUUACCAGCUCAGUGAAUUUUACUGUGGACAGAAAGGAUAACGGUGACAUUGUGACUUGUGAAGCAAACGUGCCAUCAGUGAAAGGAAUGAAAAAUCGGACCGACUUCCCGUUGAAUGUACGAUUUCCCCCCGUGGUCAAAGUUCAAACUCCUUCCGUCCACUUGAGAGAAGGUGACGACCUGACGUUGACUUGCCUGGUGACAGGAAACCCGCAGUAA